AUGAGUUUUUUUUUCUUUUCUUUUCCUUUCUUCUUUUUUUUUUCUUCUUUUCCUUUCUUCUUUUUUUUUCUUCUUUUCCUUUCUUCUUUUCUUUUCUUCUUUUCCUUUCUUCUUUUUUUUCUUCUUUUCCUUUCUUCUUUUUUUUCUUCUUUUUUUUCUAAUUUCAUUCCUUUUCUUUUUUUCCUUCUUCCUUUCAUUUUGAUUGAUUCAUUUUUUUCUCUUUCUUUCUUUCUUUCUUUCCAUUAUCUUCCGUGCUGUCUUCAUUCCACAAAGCGUCCGCCUUUGCUUACUACGCCCUCUUCCUUCCACUCUUCUCUCCUAGCGUCUUUCAUUCUCUCCCCGCCCCCACAUAUCUCUCUUUGCUUCACUCCAUCUCUUUCCUUCUAUCUACACUUGUUUUUUCCUUCUUCCUCUCCCAUUUAUAUCCUGUCAUCUUCUUCUUUUUUCUGCUUCUUUGCCGCAUCCUCUUCUUCUGUUUCUCUUUCUCCCUCAUCUCUCUUGUCUCUAUUUUCCAAACUCUCUUCUCUUUUCUUUCUCUCUGCCACUGUGUGUGUGUGUGUGUAUUUCUCCCUCGAUUUCCUGAUUCUCACCUUUUCUAUUUUCCCUAAAUCUCUUCUUACCUGUCUUUCUCUCCCCGUUCAAUUCUCUCUCUUUCUCCCUCCCUAUCUUUUGUUCUCUAUCUACCCUCUCUACUCUUCAUCGCCGUUAAUUUCCUACCAAUAA